AUGUCUUCGGCAGGCCUGAAAUCUGGGAAGAGAAGCGCGUACGCUGCAGUCAAAGUGGACCCCGACGGAGACUAUUAUACCCCCGGUGCAUUUGACCUGGAGAGGCUCUUCUGGAAAGGCAGCCCAAAGUUCACACACGUCAACGAAGUCUGGCCCAAUCUCUACAUAGGAGAUGAAAAAACAGCCCUCGAUCGGUACAGUCUUGAGAAAACGGGCUUUACCCACAUCCUGAACGCAGCCCAUGGGCGGUGGAACGUGGACACCGGACCGGAAUACUACAGCGACAUGGCCAUCGAAUACCACGGUGUGGAGGCGGACGAUCUCCCCACCUUCAGUCUCAGUCCGUUCUUUUACUCUGCUGCUGCGUUCAUCGAUAAAGCUCUGCAGAAUAAAACAAGCAAGGUCCUCGUCCACUGUGCCAUGGGCCGCAGCCGCUCAGCAUCUUUGGUCUUGGCGUACUUGAUGAUUUACAAGAACAUGACCGUGGUCGACGCCAUCGAUCAAGUGCUCAAGCACCGGUGCAUCCUUCCCAACCGCGGCUUCCUGAAACAGCUGAGGGAACUGGAUAUAAAGCUGGCCCUGGAGAGGAGGACGGCCAUGAACGGGAUCGACUCUAGCAGAGAAUGGAAAGACAGCACUGAGACGGAGAUAUAA